AUGCAUAACUUACAACAACACUUUUUACCACCUCAAAAUUAUAUAGCAGAAGAAAUUCUUUUAGGAAGUCUCAUAGUUAAGCCUGCAUUAUUUGACUUAAUUUUUCAAUCUUUAAGAAUAGAAUGCUUAUUUUUAGAAAGUCAUAGAAUAAUAUACAGAAAUUUAAUUACUAUUCACAAAAAAAAAGAGAUUAGUGCUAUAAAUUUAAUUUAUUCACUUCAAAACGGACGGAUGCUUCACAUCAUAGGUGGCAUAAAUAAAAUCAUUACAAUUAUUAAACAAAGUCAAACUCUUACUGAUUCUAUUCAUAGCAAUUUUUAUAUUAAUGAAAUUAUAAAAAUUAUUUAUGAAAACUAUAUAAAAAGAUUAAUUAUACAAUACGGGUACAAUAUUGUCUUAUUAACACAUAAUAAAAAAAUAUCUAAUGAACAAUUAUUUUUUAAAUUAUCACAAUAUAUUAAUUAUAUUAGAGACAAAGCCAAUUUUAAAAAUAUUGACAACUUACAAAUGCUAAUUGGCAAUUUGGUUUCAAAUAUACAAUAUAAAAAUUGUAAUUUAAUUUAUUUGAGUCAUAAUAUAUCUUCAGGAUUUGAAGAACUUGAUAAUUUAAUUCAUGGUCUUCCAAACGGUGACUUAAUUGUAAUUGCUGGCAGACCUUCAAUGGGUAAAACGUCUUUUGUUACUAAUAUUGCUUAUAAUAUUUUACAAACAAGUAAAGUAAGACUAUGUAUAUUUACGUUAGAAAUGACGAAAAUGCAAAUAUUACAUAAAUUGAUAUCUGUAGGCUCUACGAUUCCAGUACAUGAUAUUUUAUAUGGUCAUAUCAAUAUAAAUGAAUGGCGUUUAAUACAAUAUAUAUGUGAUAAUUUACUUAAAGCACGAAUUUAUAUCAAUGAUAUUGCAAGUGUAUCAAUUGAUGAGAUUAUAUAUAUUUCAAAAUUUAUUAUAAAAGGAGAAAAUUGUAAAAGUAUUAUUAUUAUUGACUAUUUACAAUUAAUACAAGCAAGCAAUCUAAAAGUAGAAAGUAGGGCACAAGAGUUAAGCUAUAUUACACGACAAUUAAAGAUAUUAGCACAAAAUUUAAAUGUGCCUGUUAUUAUUCUUUCACAAUUAAAUAGAAAUAUAGAAACUAGAAUAAAUAAAAAGCCUAUUUUAUCUGACUUAAAAGAAAGUGGAUGUAUUAGUUAUAAAAUGUUGAAUCAUGUUGAUGACUGCAAUGCACUGAAUAUCAAAAAUCUUAUAAAAUACAAACAUGUAAUGUAUCUAAAUAAUAUAGAAUUUAAAUCUUCUACAAUUAAAAAAUUAAAUAAAAAUAACUAUACGGAUAAAAUAUAUUUAUUCAAUCAAUAUAUAUUUAAUUGCUACAUGUGCAAUAAAUAUCAAAUAUAUAUAACAAGUAAUCAUAAGAUUUUUAAUCAUAACAAUUGGUUUAUACAAAAUCAAAUAAGUAAAGAAGAGACUAUCUUAUCUUAUAUGACUACUCUUUAUAAUAAGCUGCAAAUUACAAGGUAUUUCCUAACAAAAAUUAAUUUUAAUCAAUAUAAUUUAGUGUAUGAUUUAAAAAGAAAACAUUACACUAAUUAUAUUAGUAAUCAUAUUAUUUUACAUAAUUCAAUCGAACAAGAUGCUGAUAUCGUAAUUAUGUUGCAUUGCAAUAUACUUAAUUCAGAAAUAAAAAUAGAUUCUAAAAUUUUAGAUAUAACUAUUACUAAAAAUAGAAAUGGUUCUACUGGAUGCUUUCAAUUAUUAUUUCAUCCUCAAAAUACAAGCUUCUCUAACAUAAAGAGUGUAAAAUAA